UCUGUUUUGCAUUAUUUUGCAUAUAAAGUGCGCCCGUGUUGAUUUUGACCACUGGUUGAAGAGGGGGAAAAUUUGAAAAUUCACGUAAAAUGUUUAUUUGAAAAUGUUUUGAUGCUAUCAUUUGGAGAGUAAAAAUCGUCUAGAAGAUUGUCAUAUGGUAAUAUAAUAAGGAUACUGCAAGAAUAAGUGUUGUUUACAAAUGAGCAUGAAAGCAUCAGAAAGCAAAAGACAAGGAUGUGGUAAAUGGUUAACAACAAAAAGCAAAUCAAAAAAAGUUAUAACACAGCAUGCAAGAUAUCAUCAACAGCACCUCAAACCUGGAGCAGUAAGACCAACAUGUAUAACACCCAAUGUUUGUGAAAACCAAUCACGUAAAAUGAAGCAAAGCACAAUGAGUCAAUUUCUUGAGGAAAGACCCAUUAAGUUAAAACUGAAAAAAGACAAAAAAAGCUCAGAUGAGAUAUCCUUAUCGUCAUCCAAAGACAAAGUUCCUGUAUUGUUUUUGAAAAAUGAAAUACCCUCAGCACCUAUUGAAUAUGUUUUAGAGGAUCUUUUUGGAAGUGAUGCUGAUGAGAGUGACAUAUUUCUGUCUGAAGACAAGAUACAAAAGACAACUGUGGACAAAGAACAAAAUGCAUUUGAACCUUUACCAGCACUUUAUUGUAGGAAUUCACAAAUCAAGGAACUACGGAGUACUGACAAACAUCAUUCCCCAGUAAAGGAACAUACAAAUUUGAACCAUAAAGCAAAAAACAUUAAUUCCACAAAAAGUGUUGAUGUACAAUUUACUGAAUGGUUUGAAGAUGAAGUUGAUGCAUUCAUUCAUCAAUGUGAUGAGGAAAAUAACUUACCAAAUCAAGAAAAUUUGUCAAUGUUAUGUGGAUGCACAUUCUCACCUCAGUUUAGCAAAUGGUUUGAUGAACAGAUUAUAAAGAUGGAUAAAUCACCUGCAGUUAACAUCUUGCAAUCACCAAUAAGGACAAUUUGGGAUGAAUCAGAUAAUAAAUCCACAUUUACACAAUGGUUUGAGGCAAAUGUGGAAAAAAAUAAAAGUCCAAGUUAGACUACAGGAUAUUUGAUAAAAAAUUACCACAUCUACUUGCAUACAUGGGUAUGUGAGUAAAGA